AUGGCAAAGGAUAAGGGCAAACUUGAGCGCCUAUCCGCUGGAGCUGAUUUUGGGAGACCGGGGCCUUUUGCCUGGGGUGGGCUGUCCGCUGGAACUGCUCUUACGCCUACCCGUUUAUCACCCAUCCCACCUCGUGGAAUCUAUUCGUCCAAAAAAACCCUCUCCGAACCAAUAUCUUCCGAGAGACCAAGAAUCAUGUGGGCUCAUCAGCUAUAG